AUGGUCAAAUUUUAUCCCUCUCUCAACGAAUCCCACGUCGAGUUUAUUACCAACCAGUCACUAUUCUACGUCGCGAGCGCUCCUUGGGCAGGUGACCACAUCAACAUAUCUCCCAAGGGUCACCCAUCCCGGACUUUCUCCAUCCUCAGUCCUAAAACUGUCGCCUAUCUCGAUGCUACCGGCUGCGGUUGUGAGACCAUUUCCCACAUCUACGAGAAUGGGCGCGCGACUAUCAUGUUCUCCUCGUCCGGGCCUAAGCCGCAAAUCCUUAGACUGUUUUGCAAGGGACGAGUAGUCGAGAAGUGGGAUCCGCACUAUCAACAGCUGAGAGCGAAGAUGGCGACCGAGAAUGGGGAUGAAGUUGACAUUACCGGGGCGCGGGCGAUUAUUGUGCUACGGAUACAGAAGGUGCAGACGAGUUGCGGUUUCGCAGUACCUAGCGAUGGUAUGGGAGAUGCAGUUGCCAUGGCGGAGCACGAACCCGAUUCUGAUGGAGCUCACAGCUCCAAAGCUCAAGACACGCUUGAAAACUGGGCACGAAAGCAGUUGGAGAAGCAGGAGCUUGCCGACUACCAAAAGCAAAUGAACCACAGAUCGCUCGAUGGACUUCCAGGCAUGAUGAGCGCUCGGCGCUCGCACGACGAAAACUUUGCCGUUGAGGAUGCGAAAGCGUGGUUUAGGAAAGUAAGCAGACAGCAAGAUGCCGUCGCCUUCGGGGUUGGCUUGGGAAUACUUUUCAUGAUCGCGUUGAGUUUAGGAGGAGUACUCAGCAUUAAGCCGCUCUUCAUUGAGCAUAUACUGAACUUCCAGAGAAGGCAGAUGGGAAUACCAGAAGAUCAUUCGUGGGACAAGAGGGAACUCUGA